CUUCGCCAGCCACCCCCAAACGUCGCCAGCAUCCAGCAUCCAGCAUCCAGCAUCCAGCAUCCAGCAUCCAGCAUCCAGCAUCCAGCAUCCAGCAUCCAGCAUCCAGCAUCCAGCAGCUUGCAUCGUGCAUCGUGCAUCGUGCAUCGUGGGCUCUACUGACCGCCUCACCCAUCAUCAAUCUGCCCACAUCAACACUCGACUUCACACCAUCGCUAUGCUCUACGCCACUCUCCUCCUCGCCGCCUCGGCCUUCUCUGGCCUGGUCGCUGCCCAGAACUACUCCGCGUGCUGCGACAUCAACCCCGGCAGCGUCGACCUCCAGCUGCGCGAGACGUGGUGUCGCGCCGAGCAGAACACCUGCCCGGAGCUCUGCGGUGGCAUCGGCAACCUCGCGAAUAACGGCAAUCUUUGCGAUCCGAAUCUACUCACCUACACCUGCCAGUGCCACGACGGCACGAAGCCCAACGUGACCAACUACCAGCAGAGCUUGCCCGCCCAGAUGUGUCUCACCUGGGUCGAGCAGUGCGUCAACGCCAAUCCCAACGACCUGAUCGGCAUCACGGCCUGCCGCGCCAUCACGUGCGGCAACAAGACCCUGGAUGCCGCUGCUUCCUCGUCUAUUGCCGCCGCUUCCUCGACUGCUGCUCCAUCUUCGACUGGUGGCUCUUCUAAGAGCGCCUCUGUCACCGCUGCCUCUGCGACCUCUUCCACUUCGAAAGGCGCUGCCGCCGCUGCGACCGCUAUGGGCAUGGUCAAGGACUUUGGUACCCCGGUUCUUGCUGCGGGUAUGAUGGCUGUGUUUGGGCUUGCUCUGUAAUUGAAGGAGAAUGAUUGGGACGUGGCGGAUAAUACGAUGGUAAUACGAUGGUAAUGAGAUGAGGUAGCUUACGGCGAUGCAUGGGUUGCAUUUUAGCGAUCAGGAUGACCACUAGGAGGAUUCAUUGUAGUGUUAUUUUCAAGUAGCAUUGACAAUUGGAGACUCCACUUUUGAACUGAAACGAAUACGAGCUUUGCUAUCUUUGUUGGGCUUGAACGCGACGGCUAUGAGGCCUUUGACUUACCGCUUCCUUGCCUUGUAGCUGGGUGCAAGAUAUAUCAUCUGUCGUGUACAGAACUGCUGUCACAUCUCCAUUUGUAUAUAACUGAU